CUGAUCUAGUGCUACUAUAGCCCUAGCUAGAGGGCGAAAGAGAGAAGGAAAGAGGGCGGCCCAUCCAGGCAGCAGCUGCGCGCGUGACCCACACGAGAAUAUUUGGAGGCGUUCGUGGGCGUGGGGGCGUGUCAUGUGUGUGUGUGUGUGUGUGUGUUUUUAUGUGUGUGAGUGUGAGACAGUGAGACUGGAGAUAUAGCUAAAGAGGGUCAGCCUUUCUUUCUUCCUCACUCCUCCCCCCUCACUCUCCCUCUCUUCUUCCUCCUCCCUGGGCUUAAGCUUAUAUUGCUGCUCCUUCUUCUUCUCCACCCACCCUGAGUGACUGAGUCCCUGAGCUAGGUAGAAGCAGCGGGGAGUACGUACGUGUGGUUGAGGAGGCCAUGGCUUUCCUUGUGGAGAGGUGCGGGGAGAUGGUGGUGUCCAUGGAGAUGGGCUCUGGGGCGGCGGGGGCGCACGGUGCCGGCGGCGGCGUUGCUGGGAAACCGGUGCCAGCGCCGUUCCUGACCAAGACGUACCAGCUGGUGGACGACCCCUGCACCGACCACAUCGUGUCGUGGGGGGAGGACGACGCCACCUUCGUCGUCUGGAGGCCGCCCGAGUUCGCCCGGGACCUCCUCCCCAACUACUUCAAGCACAACAACUUCUCCAGCUUCGUCCGGCAGCUCAACACCUAUGGAUUCAGGAAGAUAGUGGCCGACAGAUGGGAGUUCGCCAACGAGUUCUUCAGGAAGGGAGCAAAGCACCUCCUCGCUGAGAUCCACCGGAGGAAGUCGUCCCAGCCGCCUCUGCCUUCAAUGGUGCCGCACCAGGCCGCGUACCACCACCACUACCACCUCGGCAACACCUUCUCGCCGCCUCCGCCUCCACCGCCGGCUGCGCAUCAUCACCAUCACCCGGUGUACCAGCACUUCCAGGAAGAGCCGGCGGCCGCGGCCACGUCGCACGGUGGAGGCAACGGCGGCGGCGACUUCCUGGCGGCGCUGUCGGAGGACAACCGCCAGCUGCGGCGGCGCAACUCGCUGCUGCUGUCGGAGCUGGCGCACAUGAAGAAGCUCUACAACGACAUCAUCUACUUCCUGCAGAACCACGUGGCGCCCGUCACGAGCCCCUCGUCGGUCGCGUCGCAGCGGCACAUGCCGCUCCCGGGCACCGCAGCGGUGGCCACGUCCAACUCGUGCAGGCUGCUGGAGCUGGACAUGGACGUGGACCGGGACUCGCCGGCGGCUGAGGAGGACGACACGGUGAAGCUGUUCGGCGUGGCGCUGCACCACGGCAAGAAGAAGCGGGCGCACAGCGAGGAGCGCGGCGACGUCGUCGCCCAUGAUCUCGGAAGCGAGGUCUAGGCUGCUACGCCGGCGGUCUCGCCCUCGAUCGGUCGUGUACAUAGAGAGGAGAGAGGAGUAGCUGUAGCUCGCUCGCUAGCUAGCUAGGUAGCUUUGCAGGCUUGGUUUCUUUUUUGCGCGGGUGCUGGUCGAUUAGUGUGAGAGAUGAGUUAGGAUCAAUGAGGUCAUCGAGUAGUAAGUCUGAGAGAUGAGUUAGGAACGUAGGAUCAAUCAGGUCGCGAGUAGUUUGCUGCUUGCCAAGCCCUUGCACCAUUCUUCUUGAUAUGUUCUUUGCUGCCAUUGCCCCCAUGCACAUGCACGAGGGCCUGCUAUCUUGCUGAUGCAAAAACUGGUUGCUCAAUGCUAUUAAGUGCAAAGUGUUCUCUUC